AUGUUCAUGACCACCUAUCCCAUGUGCCCUCCAGCCCUUUAUGGGUAUCCAACUUACCAAAUGUACUGUGAUGCCAAUGUUUGGCCGGAAUCCGCAGGCCAAGUUGUUCCUCGGCCAGUUUUUUAUCAACCAGUGGUUCAAUUUGUGGACACCCGGAUUCCUACCGUUCAAGACGUUGUGGAGCAAGUCGAUGCCAGAACGAAUGCAGCAAAAGCUCCAGAAGUCGGUCCACAGGCAUCAUCAUCUCUUCAAAGGAUGCCUGCGAAGAAGAUCCGGGAUAUGAGGAAACGACUUCCUGUGUUCGCGAGGAUCCACAUCAGAGGGAUAUUGGAAAAGAAGGCUCGGGAGCAAGAGCAGAUGGAGAUGCAACGUGUAAGUUUUAUUUUUUGACGGACUGUUCUUCCGACAUAGCUUUCAAAAGUAACAUUGGUCUUCACAUUUCAGGAAGCUGCUCAAUCCAUCGUCCACUGCCGCCAAUUUUCCCGAAACGGCAAGUGCUCAUUUGGUUCUGGCUGCUUUUUCUCCCAUCAAUUGCCAAAUUAA